AUGAUAUUACAGUACGCCUGGUGUGGAGCAGUGUGUGGCUGCAGCCACCAGAGGGCAGCAGAAUACAAGUUUGAUUCAUCACAGCAAGAGCAACAGCAGCAGCGGCCUCAUCUGUGGGCCGCAGGGGCUGAUGGGAGGUUUGAGGACGCAUCAGAAACCACAUGGCCCUCGUCUGAGCUCACAGCUCGUCCUUGUUUGGCCUCAGCUGCAUCAGAGCUCCACUUCUCCCCAGCUUCACCAGAGGAAACACCACGGCACAAAAUGCUUUUCCUCCCAGCUGCUGCUCUGUGCUGUCUGUGUUCAGCGCUGGUUGCCAUGGCAGCAGAGCUGAUUCAGGACCAGUUAUCAUUGACCAGGAGAGUUGGUGACACAGUCUCCUUCAGCUGUGGAGGAACUGACCAGUGUGACACUGAUUAUGUAAACUGGUUCCAGAAGAAAGAGAAAGAAACAUUCAGUCGGAUUCUGAAUAUUGACACAGAUAAUUGCAACAUAGGUGCACGUUACAAUCAUCCUCAGAAAGAUGAUUUCACAGCCGUUAAUAAUCAGAAUAGCUGGGAGUUGGAGAUAGAGAACGUUAAACUCUCUCAUUCAGCCUCCUACUACUGCUCCUGUUGGAAGAAAGAUCCCCACAGUGAGAAAUAUAUGAUCCUGGUUCAUAAUGUGGACUCCUUCACCUCAGCUGACACAUUCAACAGCAGACAGGUUUUUGUAUCAGUCUCUUUCACUGUGGGAGAAACAUACUACCACCUCAUCUUUGGCUCUGGAACUAAACUGUAUGUAACAGAUGAGGCCGUAGUGAAGCCCGUGGUGAGCGUGUACCCAGCAGCACCCAGAGCCCACCCUGAGGGGAAGAGCUCCCUGCUGUGUCUGGCCUCAGCCAUGUCUCCUCCUCUGGUCCAGUUCUCCUGGAAAAGACAGAAGGAGGAUGGUCCUCUGGAGGAGCUGAAACCUGAUGAUGGAGAGCAGCUGGAGCUCAGAGAGUUGGGACGCACCGCCGCCAUCUUGCUGAUCCAUCAGCCAGAGAACAGCACAUAUAAAUACCGCUGCUACGUCAAGCACGAGGGCGGCAAAGUGGAGGCCCAAACACAACAAGAGGUUCCAGCUCCAGCAGCCCCCUGUCCUCCAGAGAGAGAGCCAGCAGACCUGGCAGCUCUGCAGCAAGAUGACUUUGCAGUGGUUCCCCUGGAUCCUCUCCAGCCUCAGUGCAGGGUGAAGCUGCUCUGUCUGCUCUACACAGUGCUGAUAGUGAAGAGUCUGGUGUACUGCUGUGGACUCUCUCUGCUGAUGAUCCUCACAAACAAGGGACCGUCCACCAACUGCACACAUGCUGACUGACUGUUUUCUGCUGGCCUUUUCUCACCAUCAAAUCUCAUCACUUCAUCUCAUUUAUCUCUUUGAUCACUGUUCACAAAUUUAAGCCAAAUGUGUCUUUAUAUUCACAGGUUAGAUACAGUCUGUCUACUAAUAAUAAAUACAUAUAUCAUAUAUCACACACAUAUAUUUGGAGUAACUGAGUUUAAACUCUGUCCUUUUGUGUUGUUUUAAUGCUCUACAUCCACUUUUAAUUGUGACUUGUAUAUUAAUAGAAAAUGAAGCGUAUUCAUUAGUUGUCUGGUAAAUAUUCAACUGAUUAUUGUUGUUUUCUGUUCUUAUGUUUCUUUUUAAUACUUUCUGCAGAGUGUGGCUGGUUUGUCAAAUUCAUUCAUUGUAACAUUCUCAAUAAAUUAAUAAAUCACA